AUGACGCACACACGCGCGCAAACAUUGGGCGCUUGCGUGUUUCCCCGCGCCGACAUCCAGCUCGCUAAACGUGCGGAGACGCGCAAGUGCCCGAUAUGCGACGAGCCCAUCCCUCUACGGCUACUGUCAAAACAUGCGGUUCUGGAGGCGGAGCGGCUGGAGGAGAUAGUUCGGUCCAUUGGGUCGACGGAGGUCCUGGGCGAGGCCGAGCCGGAUGAUGGCCUUUCUGCUCGAGCGCGACGGUCCGCCUUGAAGGCUCGUCAGAGCAUGAAGCCCGGCACGUCCUCGACGGCCGAGUCGACCAUAGAGGACACGAUGAAGACCCUGCGUAUGCUGAAGCGUCACCGGAAACAGCGACAUCAGAAACUGCGAGAGCUCACACGCGAGGAAGAGGACGAAGGUUGGUGGGGUGGGCAUCACCGAGGUGAAGGCGGCGAGGGUGAGGGGACGCAGUGUCCAGUGUGCAACAAGAUGGUCCGGGGAGACACGGACGUCGUGGAGGCCCAUGUGGACUCGUGCUUGGCGCAUAUGCGAAUCACGAGCGAGCAGGAUGGACGUAGACGAAGUGGGAGGGGAAGUGCAGAGGUGGAUGACGAUUUUGACAUCGACGUCGAGGGGGAAAGCAUGAUACAUGGGGUUAUGGAAGGCGUUAGCUUCCGAGGUACCGGCUUCGACAUCCCGAAUCGUACUGUUCAGGAUGUUGAUGAGGAUAUCGACAUCGACGGCGAGGACGAGGCCGUCUUCGGUGUCGCGCAGUUCACAGAGGAGGACAUACUAGGCACCGCAGAACCUCCCGCCGAGAGCAUGUCGGACGCAGGGACAGAUGCGGAUGUGGACGUUGACGACGCGGGCGGAGGUGGGGGUGCGCAGGUGUCGAAUGGGGCGAAAAGUUUGCGAACCUUGGUGGAAGAGGGCAAGGUUGUGCGCAAGCAUGUCGAGGAGGCGAAACGGACGAUGGAGGAGGUUAUGGGGGUGAGCGAGACCGAGCAGGCCGAUCUUGCCGUGGAGCUUGCGCGAAGGAAGGGCGACCCGGCCGCGCUCAUACGCGCUCUAGAGAACAAAGUCCAAUUGCUGGAAUCGACGAAGGUGUCUUCGUCAACAUCGCUGCUAUGUCGCAUCUGUCUCGACCCUUACACCGAACCUACCGUUUCAACCGGGUGCUGGCAUACGUGCUGUCGCGAAUGCUGGCUUCGUUGCCUCGCCUCUACCAAGCUCUGUCCGAUCUGCAAGAGGAUCACAGGUGCGGCGGAUCUGAGGAGGGUAUAUUUGUAG